CAAAGGUGUUUGUUAUACGUCGUCCAUACGUCAGGAUUUUUUUUUCAAAGAUAGAUAUUUAAUCCAUUUAUCUUUACUAUAUACUUGAGAUAUUUUGAAUAUUUUUUUUCAACAGAAACACAAUUGAAUUUCGAAAUAACUCGCUAUAUAAAGUGUAGAGAUACCAUCUAAGGUGUCUGUUAAAACAAAAACAAAAUAUAUAUGUUUAGAGGAAUAGUAUCAGUUUGAAGAUCGUUGGAUACAAACAUUAAAUAAUAAAACGGAUUAAGCCUAGACGAAGACGAUGGGUUGUUUACUUACAGUCGGUCGAAUAUUUUGUGUUAUAGUCAAUUUAUUGUUUUUGAUAAUCGGUCUAAUACUAUUUGCUCUUGGAAUGAUUGUAAAGUUUGGGGACAGUUUACUCAAAUCUUAUUAUCAACCAAUUCUAGACAAUCUAGAAAAGUCAUUGAAUGAUGCAGGAUAUGGAAAUAUAACCCUCGACUUCAGUUUAUCUGACAUCGUUGGAAACCUGGCUCUUGCGUUUAUCCUCACUGGAUUAUUUUUAUUGAUAUUGACUAUAUUCGGACUUGGUGGGGCAUGCUGUAAAGUAAAGUGUAUGCUGAUUAUUUACGUUGUGAUGCUGUCAGUCGUACUUGCAGGACAAAUUGUAUUCAUAAUAAUCUUUUAUGCUAAACAAGAAUUGGUAACUGAAAAAAUAAAGGACAAUUUGAAACCCGCUAUCCAAACAGAUUUCCAGGGUUUGAAUGGAACCAAUGUCGUAUCUCUUAGUUGGAACUUUGUAAAUCAGCAGGCGAAGUGUUGUGGAGUUGAUAGCUACAGAGAUUUUACUGGCGCUUCUCAGUGGAUUAUAAAUUAUCCAGGUCCUCAUGUAUUACAGACCCCGCUGAGCUGUUGUAAAGACCUUCCAACUGGUACCGAUUUCUCGUGCGCAUCUGCACCUACAGACGCUACUAAUUAUUGGAAAACGAGUUGUUUUGACGAGCUGUGGGAUAAAGUAAUAGGGAAUGUUGCUAUAACUGCAACAGUGUUAGCAGUUGGGGCAGUAAUUCAGCUUAUAAUGAUUAUAGUAGAAUUUGUGUUGUUUAUGGACGUAAGAAAAAACAAAGUAGAUAUGAAAGGAUGAUAUAGAUGACUGUAUCAACCAACGAUAAGAAGAAAAGCUGUGAUAUGAAAAUUAUAUACAGUUCAUUUUUUUAUUUAUGACAUAAUAGCUAGAUUAAUUUCUCAUCAAAUUACAUUCAAGGAAUAUUUUGUGAAUGCUCUUGAUUGUUUUUAUAUAGUUUUCAAAGAAAUGCGAUUAAGACGAUCCCUGUUCUUGGGUGAUGCUAUCAUGUGUUUGUUUGUAACAUGUAAAUUAUAAGAUUUAUUACAGUUAAAAGAAAAACAAUAAUUAACUCGUAUAUUCCUUGUUAUUUUUACCUCUUAACCUUUUAAGCACAUGUUAAUGCAAGUUUUGUCCUUCAUUUUUAUAUCAUUAUUUAUACAACAUACAAAAUUCACAUAUACAAGUUCUAAAUUAUUUUCUGCGUUAACGUAUAAACAAGUAUGAGUCAAGUAUGUUACGACUUAAAAAGUUUAAUCUAAAAUGGUAACAAUACCUAUCCAACGAAAAUGGCAGGAAAGACCAUUUAGAGGACGUUAGGACUUAGCCUUUUUUUGGGUGGAUUCGGGAUAAACAUUGACACUUAUCGGGAUUCGGGAAUUAAUGAAGACUUUUUGGUAACCAGAAAUCAAUGCAUUAUUUUAAGGUGAAUUUGGAAUUCUCAUAUAUUUUCAAGGGAAUCCUAGAUGAAAUCUCCCCAAACCCUUUUUUGAAUUUCCAAACCUGGUUUUUAUGUCUGAAACACUUCUGAAACUACAAAAAUACCUUAUUCAUUUGAUACAUUGGUUCCCCUAUAUUUAAUUUAGAACCCUUAAUUUUGCUUACCUGAAUAAUUCAAUAGUUAUCAAAAAUACCAGGAUUAUAAUUUUAUACGCCAGACGCGCGUUUCGUCUACAUAAGACUCAUCAGUGACGCUCAGAUCAAAAUAGUUAAAAAAGCCAAACAAAUACAAAGUUGAAGAGCAUUGAGGACCAAAAAUUCCAAAAAGUUGUGCCAAAUACGGCUAAGGUAAUCUACUCCUGGGGUAAGAAAAUCCUUAGUUUUUCGAAAAAUUUAAAGUAUCAAUCCAUACUUAGGAUGAAAAUAACGAACUUGUCUUCUCACAUAAAAUACUAAAUAUACAUGCUAAUUACCCUCACUCAACCAUAGUGUUGUUAGAAUUUAAAAAAAAAAUAUAAACUAUGUCAAUUUUACCAAAUACCUAAACUUUAACUUGUACGUGCUACACUGACUUGUGUGUCUAUUUAGCUAGGUACAUUGAAUUGGUCCCAUCUAAUAAUUUAUAUAUAUGUGGAUCCUGUCAGUCAGUGUAAUAGAUGAGGUAAAUUCUAAAACAGGAUUAAAAUACAGAAUAGUUGUGAGAUCUAUCUCACUAGUAUUUCGUUUAGAUAUAAAUUUGAUGUCUAAUAUCACAAGUUUUAUAAGGUUUUGUAUGCUUUACCAGAAAAUAGUUGUUGCGAAUAUGGUGAAAAAAUCCUAUAUAUUAUAAGGCUGGUACCUUUGAUAACGAAUAAAUAUAAUAUUACUUAACUGAAAGCCAACUUUCAGAUAAACGCUUUUUUUAACAAUAUCAUGUAACAAUUUCCGGUCAAUAUUUUAUCUUAUUUUUUUUUAAUAUGGAGACACAUCAUUCAUUAUUUUAAUUCAUUACGAUUAUAGUUACUUGUAUCUGUUAACACAAAGUUAUUACGCAUACGCAUUGUGUUUUAUAUAUUUGGUUUUGCAAUUUACCAUUUUGUUUAUUAAAUUGUUGACACUGUGUGUGUAUAAACAAUUCUGUUACAUUUGAAUGUUUGUAAUCCAUGCCUUGUCUGCUGGCAGACAUCAUGUACAUGUAUGAUACUGUUGUGACACUGUCAUCCAUUGUUAUAUUAUUAGCCUUUAAAAAUAUUUUGUUCUAUAAAUAUUGCUUUUUUA